UUACAAAAGAAGCGGGGCUCUGUGUGGGGGCCUUUGAGGGAAAAAAGGGAGAAUUUUGGGACUAAAAGGAAAAGAAAGAAGAGUAGAGAAAAGAAGAAGGGGUGGUGGUGUGUGUGUAAUAAUGGUGUGAAGUGAGAGAAAACAGAAGCAUUUAAUGCAGACAUGUUUGUAUUGACUGCCAUAGUAAAUGCUGAAGGAUUUGCCUUUAUUAUACCCCUAUAUCAUUACUACUUCUUCUACUACUAUUAGCUCAGCCUCAGCCUCAGAGAGAGAGAGAGAGAAACAACAUAGGCAAAAAAAGAGUGGUUGGUGGUGUAUACUCAACUCAUAUUAUAGUAUAGUGGUUGGAGCUGAUUUUUUGCUGUUUCCUCUCUCGUGAGUUUUUAUAUAUUUAUAUCCCUAUGAUUUUGUUCUUCCCUGUAGUUUUCUGAACUGUUAAUGGUAGCUUUUUGUUUUUUGUCUUUGGGUAAAAUGCAAAUGCUGAGUACAUGAUAUAUUCCUGUUUUGGGGGAAUUAUUUUAGUUAUGUUGUCUUUGGAAGUAUAUUUUUGGUGGGGUUGAAACAUGGGUUUUGUUUAUUUUAAUGAAUUUUCAAAAGGGUUGUUGUUGUUGUUGUUAAAUUCGAAUUGAAGCCACAAUCAUAAUGGAGAUUGGAGAAUGCUAAAGUUGGGAUUUUUCUUCUCUGUCUGUUUGAUCACAUUUAAAGGUAGUAAAGUAAAUGCAGCUCAGCUAAAGUUUUGCUGCGGUGACUAAAUCUCUAAAGCUCUCUGGAUUCGAUUUUCAAAUUCAAGUGUUUGAACUUUGAAGUUUGAUUGUUAAGAAACUCCUUUUGCUUUCUUUCAUUUUCCCUUCUGCUUUACUUGGGAGGAAUGUUUUAGCUUCUCCAGUUUGAAAUCGUACUUUGCCUUUUGCUAUCAGUCAGAACUGGUUGAGAUUAAAGAAAGAAAAAAAUCAAGUGGGAAAUUGGGAUUCAUGCAUCUUUCAUUAUGGAAGCCUAUAUCUCACUGUGCUUCUCUAAUAAUGGAGAAGAAGAAGACAAGGAGGAGAGCCGGUUCUGGUUUGACAGGGGACGCCAAGCGUAAGCCUUCAAUUCUCAGGCAAUUGCAAGAGAACAAGCUGAGGGAGGCACUUGAGGAAGCAUCUGAAGAUGGGUCUCUGGUCAAAUCCCAAGACAUCGUCGAUUCGGAGACACCAAAUCAAGACAACAGCUUUGGGAGGUCCAGGUCUCUUGCUAGACUCCAUGCCCAGAAGGAGUUCCUUCGUGCUACUGCUCUUGCAGCUGACAGAAUCUUUUCCUCUCAAGACUCAAUUCCUGACCUUCAUCAUGCCUUUUCCAAAUUCCUCACAAUGUACCCAAAGUUUCAAUCUUCUGAGAAGAUUGAUUACCUAAGAUCAGAUGAGUAUGGCCAUCUUGUCGAAUCUUUUGCUAAGGUAUGUCUUGAUUACUGCGGAUUUGGGCUAUUUUCUUACCUACAGACUCAACAGUAUUGGGAGUCAUCAGCUUUUACUUUAUCUGAGAUAACUGCAAAUUUGAGUAACCAUGCUCUAUAUGGUGGUGCUGAGAAAGGUACUGUUGAAUAUGAUGUUAAGAGUAGGAUUAUGGAUUACUUGAAUAUCCCUGAGAACGAAUAUGGCCUUGUUUUCACUGUUAGUAGAGGAUCAGCCUUUAAAUUGCUUGCUGAUUCUUACCCUUUUCAGACAAAUAAGAAUUUGUUAACCAUGUUUGAUCACGACAGCCAGUCUGUUAAUUGGAUGGCUCAGAGUGCCAAAGAAAAAGGUGCUAAGGUUCACAGUGCUUGGUUCAAAUGGCCUACCCUGAAACUCUGCUCUAGGGAGCUGAGAAAGCAGAUAACAAACAAGAGAAGAAGGAAGAAGGAUUCUGCUACUGGACUCUUUGUAUUCCCUGUCCAGUCUAGAGUGACUGGGGCCAAGUACUCGUACCAGUGGAUGGCACUUGCUCAGCAGAACAAUUGGCAUGUGUUGCUUGAUGCUGGAUCAUUGGGUCCCAAGGACAUGGAUUCUCUUGGACUGUCUCUCUUUAGGCCAGAUUUUAUUAUAACAUCAUUUUACAGGGUAUUUGGAGCUGACCCAACUGGUUUUGGUUGCCUCUUGAUUAAGAAAUCUGUAAUGGGAAAUUUGCAAAGUCAAGGUGGGCGUACUGGGUCUGGAAUGGUGAGGAUUCUACCAGUUUUUCCUCAGUAUCUUAGUGAUUCCAUGGAUGGUCUUGAUGCUAUAGCUGGAACAGAAAAUGAUACAGCUGAUGGGGAUGAAGAGUUGUUGGCUGAAGCACAAGGGGGAUCUCAUAUGCCUGCCUUUUCGGGUGUCUUCACUUCUAACCAGGUCAGGGAUGUCUUUGAGACCGACAUGGAUCAGGAUAACAGUUCAGACAGGGAUGGGGCUAGUACCAUUUUUGAGGAAGCUGAUAACAUUUCAGUUGGUGAGGUUAUGAAGAGUCCGAUUUUCAGUGAGGACGAGUCAUCCGAUAAUUCUUUCUGGAUUGAUUUGGGUCAGAGUCCAUUCGGGUCUGAUCAUUCUGGCCAGCUGAUGAAACAGAAAUCAGGGGGGUCACCUUUGCCACCAUCAUGGUUUUCUUCUAGCAGGAGAAAAGUUAAGGGCUUCUCUCCGAAAGCAACAACAAAAAUGUUUAAAAGCCCAUUGUAUGAUGACAGGAGAGUAAACCGGCAGCAUGAAGAUCCUGUUUUGUCCUUCGAUGCAGCUGUUUUAUCAGUGUCGCAGGAAGUGGACCGUGUUAAGGGGAUUCCUGAAGAAGAACAGUUUGUAGAAACUGAGACUGCAUCUCGGGUUGGGGAGAUUGAAGAAGAAUCGAAAGUCGGGCAACACACAACACCCGUUCGUUCUGAUGGAUUCAGGGUAAAGAACCAGUCUUCUAAUCAGCAAAGUAGUCUUGGCGCUUCUUCAACCUCUGGAAUUUGCCAAGAAUCAAAAGGUGGGAGUGCUAUAAGGAGAGAGACAGAGGGUGAGUUCAGAUUGUUGGGGAGGAGGGAAACAAAUAGAUUUUCAGGUGGAAGAUUUUUCGGUGUGGAAGAGAACGAUCAACACGCAAGCAUGGGUAGCAGGAUAUCUUUUAGUAUGGAAGAUAACCAUAAAGGAAUUAAUUUAACACACCCUAUGGAGCCUGGUGAAGCAUCUUUCGCCAACCUUGGUGAUUACGAGUCGAUGAGCGAUGGUGAAUAUGGUGAAGAGCAAGAAUGGGGAAGGAGGGAGCCCGAGAUCAUCUGUCGCCAUCUUGAUCACAUCAAUUUGUUGGGUCUGAACAAGACUACCCUUAGACUUCGGUACCUUAUCAAUUGGCUUGUAACCUCUUUACUUCAACUCCGGUUACCUGGUUUGGAUGAAGGCGCCACAGUGCCUCUUGUGCAAAUUUAUGGACCUAAGAUCAAAUACGAAAGGGGUGCAUCAGUUGCUUUCAAUGUAAGGUACAGCAACGGGAGAGGGCUAUUUCACCCGGAAGUUGUACAGAAGUUGGCUGAAAAGGACAAUAUAUCUCUUGGUGUUGGCAUUCUUAGCCAUGUACGGAUUGUAGAUGGCCCGAAACAGCACAAUGGAGUGUGUGACCUUCAAGAUACAUCUUUGUGCAAACCAAUGGCUAAUGGGCGUCAAGAUGGGAAAGGUAUGUUCUUCCGAGUUGAGGUUGUUACUGCAUCACUAGGAUUUUUGACCAACUUUGAAGAUGUUUAUAAGAUGUGGGCUUUUGUUGCUAAGUUUCUUAAUCCUUGUUUUGUUGAACUGGAUGGAUUAUCUGAUGUCCCAGAAGCAGAUUCAGAAACAUAAGAGAGUGGAAAAUUUAUACUGAUAUGUUUUUCUUAUCUCAUAUCUUUAGAUUUGUCUAUUCUUGAUCCUUUCUUUCUAUCUAUCUUUGGAUGUAUUUUUUGUACUAAGGAUGUAGAGUUUGACUAAAUAGUAAAGCUAUAAAUAUAUCAUUUUCAGACACUUUUUAUUGUAAAUUAAUUACUUUCCUAUUGUUUGAUUACUUAAUUAGUUAAAA